CUCUUAUCCGGACUACUAUGACGAAAUCAAAUUUCCAAUGUCCUACUUCAUGAUCAACAAGAAGCUUAAAAACAAUGAAUAUGUCGAUUUGGCAAGUUUUCUUCACGAUUUCAGCCUCAUGUUCAGCAACGCAAAGGCGUACAAUAUAGAGGGAUCUGACAUUUACGUGAGCGAGGAUGGACGAUGGCUGGCUGAAGCUUUCGUCGAAAAACCGUCGAAGAAGAUGUACCCCGACUAUUACCAGGUGAUUCCAGAGCCGAUUGACCUGAAGAUGAUUCGAUCGAAUAUCGACAACGACAAGUAUCCGAGUACCAAUGUUUUGGCUGCAGACUUCGAUCUGAUGUUCAGCAACGCUCGACACUACAAUGAAGAGAACUCGAAGAUUUACGAUGAUGCAAAUACGCUCGAUGCGUUAUUCAAGCAUGUACGCAAACAGAUCGGAUUCGUUGAAUCGCCUGCCGUGGCGAGGGAAAGAAACAGCUCAAGGCGUAGUGGUGCCAUCGGAUUGAAGGAGUUGAUGGCUACGAGUCGCGGGCGAAGCGGCAGUUAUAGUUCAGACACAAAUUCCUAUUCCGGCCGCAAAGCCGUAUGUGGUUCUUUCGCUAGCUCAGAUAAACUAUGGAAAUUGUUUCUGGCGAUCAAAAACUAUGCAGACUCUAAAUCCCGCAUUCUCUCCUCCAUUUUUUUGAAACUCCCGUCGAAGAACGAUUAUCCUGACUAUUACGAAGUCAUCAAAAAGCCAAUCGAUCUGCAGAAGAUUCACAGUCGUUUAAGCAAUGGCCAGUACGAAAAUUUGGAUGCGUUGGUGGCCGACUUUGCGCUGAUGUUUGACAACGCUUGCAAAUACAACGAUCCUGACUCAAGGAUCUAUAAGGAUGCGUUGACUUUGCAGCGAGUUCUGCUUCAGAAAAAGUCUGAACUGCAAGAAAAUGAGUUGUUAGGAAAGGUUAUCGACGUGCAGAGUGCCGUUCAAGAGUUGUUGGCCAGAAUUUUCAUCACGGUUUAUAAUCAUCAGGAUGAAGAUGGCCGGUGCUACAGCGACUCUCUCGCCGAAGUUCAAGAAUCAGCGUUGCAUUCUCCAUCAGAAAGGAUGCCUACUACCUUGGAUCAAAUUAAGAAAAACUUAGACAAGGUAAUAUUCACUUCAAACGGUUGUUUUUUCUCUUACCUUAUACGUUUUCAGAGGAGAUAUAAGCGACUAGACUGCUUCCAGAAUGACAUGUUCCAUGUUCUGAAUCGGGCCAAGAACCUGUCCAGUGUCGAAUCUCAGGUGUACGAAGAUGCAUGCGAGCUGAUGUACAGUUUCGUGAAAACUCGCGACGAGCUGUGCAAAAACGGUGAAUGGUUCUCGUCGCCUUGUUUUUCAGUUACUGAGCGAGAUGAAGGCGAUACUGAGGUUCGAUCAAUAGAAGUGAACGGAAGGCGGUACGCGAUCGGUGACUUCAUUUACGUGAAACCGACCGAAGAGAACCUCAGUCCUCAUAUAAUGCAUCUGCAAGAAAUUUGGAUGGGCACGGAGAAGGGAAAAUGCAUAUGCGUUGGAAACUGGUAUUUUCGUCCUUAUGAAACGUUUCAUUUGGCUACUCGAAAAUUUCUUGAAAAAGUACUGCGAGCUCUAUUUUCAUUGUUUUUACUGCAGGAGGUGUUCCGAACAGACUUCUACGAUAAAAUCGACCCGAGCCGUAUAAUGGGUCGAUGUUAUGUCAUGUUCGUGAAGGAUUUCUUCCAGUGUCGGGCGAAAGUACGCGUUUCUAAAUUUUUUCCAUUGCACUUUAACAUGCCAACGCACGGUUUUGAAGACAAAGAUAUUUAUGUCUGCGAAUCGAAGUACUUGGGUCGAGUGCGACACUUCAAGAAACUGAAGUCUUGGGACCUCGGCCAGCACGAAAAUACCGUCGAAUUUGAAGAGCGCUCGGUGCCGCUGCAGCCAACCCGUGUGCCAUCCGUUUUUGUCACCGAGAGUCGACAGAUUCCAAGCGCGUCCGAAACGAAGGAAGAUAUGGACUACUCGACGAUCGACGUCGAGCGCAGCGAGGUCUUAGCGAAAACUGGUAUCUCUGAGCAACAGCAAGAAUACGAGCAAUUGUGUUACAACGGAAGUUGGUACAAACUUGGUGAUUUCGUCUACAUCAGUUCAGACAAGGCGCUUCCCGACAUUCUACGCAUAGAGCGUUUGUGGAAAAGCGAAGGGGAACCGCUCAUAUCUGGGACCUGGUUUUUGCGACCUGACGAAGUCGAUCAUGAGCCGACCCGGCUGUUUUACAAAAAAGAGUUAUUCGCGAUCGAUCGUAACGUCGCUACCACACUCGCCAAAGUCACUGGACGCUGCGCUGUGCUUACUUAUCGUGACUACUGUCGAAGUAAGCUCAUUUUCGAUGGUCAUUUCUUAAAGUUAUACCUCAUAUUCAAACUCUCUGCCGAUGUAGUUGAGGACGAAGUUUACUACUUCAAGAAGCAAGUCACGCCGGAGAAGGAGGCUUCGCCGUUUCUUAUGAAACGUGACUUAAGCUACGAUCCCGCAGCGGACAUAAACGAGACCAGUACAGAAAUCGAGAGCUCAGAAACCAGUAUUUUGAAGGGCAUCCAUAUAACACCCAAGUUGACUGCGAGGUCAAAGAGCGGCUAUAUUCUAUUUUCAGCUGUGGUCAGGAAGCGUAUUAUGGCCGAAAAUCCGGAAUGUUCCUUCGGCGACAUCAGUAAAAUCGUGGGAUCAGAGUGGAAAAAGCUCUCUGAAGAAGACAAGAAGCGAUACGAAGAAGAAGCACAGAGAAUAGCCGAGGAAAGAAUGAAGGCAGAUGCUGCCAAAGGUGGUCGCUUUCAUCUGUUGCCUGGACAGAUUCGCGUAUAUUGUUGUCGUUGGAAGGACUGUGAUUAUCAGUUCGAAGCACUGGAUCAACUAAAUGAACAUAUAACCAACUGCCAUACUAGUCAAAUUGUUGAAUGCGGUGACAACCAGUUCGUGUGUCUGUGGCAGACGUGUGCUAAAUAUCGAAAGGAGGGAAAGCCGUUCCCUUCGCUGCCGCGCCUUCAUCGACACAUCAAGGAAAAGCACCUACCUACUGCUGUCAAAUGCAUGUAUCCUCCGAAUAAGAGCAGACAUUACGUACCGCUGUCUGCGCCGUUCUCUCCUGGCUCAAGUUGUUUGAACAACUCACAGAAUUCGCAAGGCAGCACAGCAGUUACUCCGCAGUCAUCACCUCAAGUCCAGAUUUCCACUUCAACUCCUGGUCAACAGACGAUGUGCUUUCAGCAGUCUUCCGGUCAGUUAACAACAGGCAGCUCGCAUGUUCUGGUGGAUUCUCAGGGAAACGUCAUUCAGAAUUCAUCGGUUCUAGUUUAUCAAGUUAAGUCACCAGCACAUCCGCCCAUGAGUCAGAUGCGAGAAGUGACACCAUUGACACCCGUAAGCCAGGCGAAUCCACCUGCUCCAAUUUUGACCGACAGCACUUUCCACGGAGUCGAUCCUGGACGAUGCGUUGUGCAGUCGUUUGACAAACCGCAGCCUGUUUUUGUUUCACCGCCGCCGCAGAGAAUUCGGCGUGUUUUGCACUCACAGUCGUAUCUAAAGUAUAGUGUUAACUUUAGGUGAGU